UGGGUGGGUCAGGAACCCAAGGGGGGUGAGACUGCACCCUCUCGGAUCUGCCCCUGGGUAUCAGGUCCCCUCAUGCUGGUGUGACCGCAUUACGCUGCGCCACUGCAACAGAUAAAGGAGCUCGGGCGUGAGCAAGUUUGUGCCUCGCUGAUGUUGUUGGUCUAUAUCUGUCCCCAAUCUCAUGUACCAGGAGUGGCCCCAUGGGUGGGGACAGAGGGGAAAGGGGCAGCUUUGUGGUUGUAUGGGUGCAGCAUAGAAGAGGCCUGCUGUGUAUAGAGCGGCUUGCUCAUCCCUGGCUGCUUGGCAGCCCAGUUUCACAGCCCUAAAGGGAGGAGAAUCAUCUCCCUUUGCACCGUACAUGCACAGCAGGGCCCUGGUCUUUGCUGGGGUCUCUAAUGGUUACAGCAAGAUACAUUAUAUUAUAUAGGGCUGGUGAAAUGAAGCUGAUUGUGGGGUGGAGGCUGGCAGGUGACAUGGAUAGCCCAUGGGACUGGGGUAUGGAUGAGAUGAGGGUGAGAAGGGAGGAGGUUUCCCCUGUCCAGUCCAUUUCAGACUGGAUAUGGGGACACAACCCCAUUCCUGAUGUGCUGGUUUCAGCCCCGCCUCGAUAUGAGGAGAAACUGGACCUGGGAGCGGGGGUCUCCUGGGGGGCUGAGCUGGUGGCAGCUCCAUGUAUGUCUGGAGCCUGCUGAUCCAUGCAUCCCCAUCUGCGACCUCGCAGCUGCUCCCCAGAUCAGGGCUGCAUAAGUCAGCCCCCGCCCCCUUCCCAACUGAUGCAGCUGUGUGGUGCAGUGGUUAGCAUGCAUCAGGCCUCAGUUUCUCCACUCACGGACUGCAUCAGAGAGGCCAAAGCGACUUGCCGGCAGGCACAGAAGGGAAUCGGACAGCGAGGCUAGAUGUGGGGGAGGGAGAGGGCGGUGGGCUGGCUCCCAGCCCUGUGCCCAGACCACCCUGUGCCCUGAGUGUCAGCACCUCGCACCAUUCCCACAGCCAUCAGGUCGCCCCUCCACACUGCAAGCCUGCAGACCUUGGCCUGCUUCACUAAGUAAGGUGGAAGUAUGCAUUGGGGAAACUGAGGCAUGGACCUCCUCAUGGCCCUCCAGAACCUCCUGGUCAUUGCUAGCUCUAUCCUGGGAAGGGCAGGAUUAAACCCCACUAACCCUGGCCUCUUUCUCCCCCCCACCCGGCAGCCCAGAGGUCCAAAGUUCUCCAACGCCAAGAGGAACAGGCCCUGCCAGGCUUUCCCCGGGAUCCCAGGCGAGUUUGUGCUGGAAGCAGCACCCGGCGUGCGGAGGAGCCUCGGUGCCAGCCUCGGGUUUGACUCUAUCCCGGGUACUCUGUUCUGCACCAACCAGAGGGUUGCUUUUGUGCCGGACGUGCCCCCCGGGGCCAAGGCACGUCCACGCUGCUCCUUCCUGCACAGCGAAUACGACGUGGCCCUACCUUGCAUCGGGAAGCUCGUAGCAGCCAGCAGCGUGUCCAAGGCCAAGGUGCUGACAGCCAGCUCCAGCCUCAAGUUCAUGCCCGAGGAGCUGGUCCUGUACUGCAGGGACUUCCGCGUGCUGCAUUUCCGCUUCCCCGAGAGUGGGCUGGAGCCGGGCGCCUUCCGGGUGACGAUGGCCAUCGCUCGGGCCCAGGAGAGUGACAGGGAUGUGGCAGCCUGGUCUGACCCCACCCAGCUGAGGAACCUGGAGAACGCCCAGCGGAGCCCCGAGGAGGAGGGGGAGGAAGAUCCGGCGCCCACGCUGCUCUUCAAGAGCCUCCAGGACUGGGAGCAGGAGCUGCGGCGCCUGGGGCCCGCAGGCUGGCGGGUCAGUGUGGCCAAUGAGCGCUUUGACAUGGCCACCAGCCUCCCCCGGUACCUCUGGGUGCCUGGCCAGCUGCUGGACAACGAACUCAAACGAGCCUUUGCCCACUUCAACCAGCGACGCAUCCCAAGGCUCUGCUGGCGGCACCCUGGGGGCAGUGACCUGCUGCGUGCUGCGAGCUUCCACGCUGCCUCGGACCCUGAGAAGGAGGACACAAGGGCAGUGGAGGCACUGCUGCUGGCUGGGCAUGCGCAGUGCGUGGUUGUGGACACAGUGACCGACUUGCCCAGCCCCACCGAGAUCCAGUUGGCCCAUGUGCGGCUCCGCACCCUCUGCUCGCCCGCCCCCGCCGUGGCUGAUGAGAAAUGGCUGUCUGGGCUGGAGGGGACCCACUGGUUGGACCACGUCAGGGCCUGCGUGAGGAAGGCUAGCGAUGUGGCUGCGCUGCUGGCAGAGAGGCGCUGCUCUGUUGUGCUACAAGAGUCGGACGACCGAGACCUCAACUGCCUGGUGGCCUCGCUGGUGCAGCUGCUGGCCGACCCCCACGCUCGCACCCAGCUGGGCUUCCAGAACCUGGUGCAGCGGGAGUGGGUGGCGGCCGGACAUCCCUUCGCCCAGCGCCUCAACCUCUGCCGGGAUGGCGACCGAGGCGAGGCUCCAGUGUUUCAGCUCUUCCUGGACUGCACCUGGCAGCUGCUGCGGCAGUUCCCAGCUGCCUUUGCCUUCACCGAGGCCUAUCUCCUGGCCCUGCACGACAGCAGCUACGUGCCUUUCUUCAGCACCUUCCUCUUCAGCUGCCAGUGGGAGUGGAGCCGUGGGGGCCAGCAUCGGGCCUCCAGCCAGCUGUACACACCUGUCAAUGGCUGGCGGGACGCCGCCAACCUGGAGAUCCUGCCGCAGGCCCCAGUGGGAGGGGGUGCCUGCCUGCCCCCUGUCUGGGCCUGGGCGCUGCACUACAGUGCCCAGCAGCGGGCGCAGUUCCAGAACCCCAUCUACACUAGGGCCAGUGAUGGGCACACGGCCCUGCCGGGCUGCAGCAAGCUGAAAGCCACCUUGUCUGAGACUGGGGCUGUGUUCCUCCUGGCCCGGGGGGGCUUGGCCCCGCAACCCCACCUCUUCCCCUGGAAGAACGGCUCGCUCGUCAAGAAGGGCCCGUGGCGGGUGCCAUCCUCGGACAGCCUCAGCGACCAGCGGGGCUGGCCCAGCAGCUGCCCUGCCUUGCCUGGGGGGGUCCUGGUGCCUGCCUGCACGGGGCCGGCGAUCCAGCUCUGGAGACGAUGCUACCCCCGUGGGAGCCCCGAGCGGCAGCGUGGCCUCUUCCCCGCAAUGUUCACCGACCUCACCGAGGAGCUGGAGUUGCUUCAAGAGUGUCUGAACGAUGGGCACUGGAGGGCCACGGCUCCCCCCAGCCCUGCGGAGUCGGAGGAGGCAGGAAGCCCCCUUUCCCCGUCCCGCUGAUGGUGACCACUGCUGGGAGAGGAUGUCAGGCAGCGGCUGGACUCACAUGACUGACUUCCCCGGCGUUCAGACCUGUCCACCUGCGUGUUGGCAAAGAGGCCAGUGCCCACAGGCUGCUGUGUGCAGCUCAUCUUGGAGACAGGCACCCGGAUACUGCUGGAUUUUCGGUCCCAGGCCUGGAACUUUGCCCAGCCCUUGGCAUCUACUGAGGGGUCGCAGAUAUGUUGCCCAGUUGUCCUGGUGACUGGGCAUCUCCCAGCGACAUGGCAGAGGAGACCCGCAUCUCCAGAACGAGCCCUAGAGAUGGAGCUCUCCCCUCGGUCCCAGAUCCACGGUCGUCCUGGCUCUGGGGACUGUGGAGGAGCCCUGCCCUGCUGCUAAUUAGCUGUCCCUUCCCUGCGGAUCGUGGGUGGGUCUGCAGCACCUUCCACCCACCAAGCCAGGCUGUUUCUGCUGGGUUUUCCCAGUUGGACCCCUCAAAGCAGGCACUAGUGAGGAAUCUUUGGGGUGGGAGGACUGGAAGACCCCUGUCUCCCCUGCCCUAGAGGCUCGGAUGCAUUGUAAGCUGCUGUGUUGUACAAGGGAGUAGGUUGGGGAGAGGGGGCGUGGUCUUUGCUGUAAUCCUGCUACCUCCAGAAGCACUUUUGAAGUCCCUGAGUUUUACUGUAAUGCACAAAAAAGCGUCCGGAAAUCCUGCUCGUGCAAACAGACACACAGUUGCACCACAUGGAAAGGCAAAAAAUGUGGCGUGUACAUGCACUCCCCCAAGUCCAGGUUGCGGCUGCUGCUUUCUUGCAGAGGGACAGCAGCCGGAUCUGGGAUUGUGAGACCAUCUCUUGCAGACUUUCUUCCUUGAGCUCUAGGCCCCGUUGCAUCAGCUGCCCAUCAGGCUGUUGCAUGGGCUGGUGUGGAUCCGGGACAUCUGCUCUGUCCCCCAUGGCCAGGAUCAGACUCGGCCCUGUGUUACCACCUGUUCUCUGCACUUACAAGCUUGAUGGGGUGGUGGUGCCUUAUGGCUGGGAAUCUUCCUGAUCCCUCCAUUGAACUGGGCCUUCUCCAAAAGCCCAUCCUGUCUGGGAGCUUCACAGCCCAGCAAGGGGAAUCUUCCCAGUGGGGUGGAUUCAGGCCCUUGCUACUAGGAUUCAGGGGAUGGCCCCAUAUGGGAAACUUGCUGGAGUCUUUCAGGUCCUUCCAAACUCGCAGCAGCUCCCCCACUUCAGUAUACGCAGACAUUGCUGAUGGUAGCUCAGGGCCGGUAUGUUCCUCCCCACUUUGGGAUCUCUUUCUAACCCUAUAUAAUCUGCAGCGGAGGAAGGGAGGGGAGGGGGGAACAACCUCACUGCUGAUUAGGUGUUUCUAUUGCAGGAUUUUUUUUCUCAAGGCCCUGGCACAGUUAUCAGUAACACAUUUUGUUUAAAGCUAUUUGUAUUAUUUUAUUUUUUUUAAAAUAGCUCUAGCUAUAAUUAGUAACCAGCAGGAGAUGGGUUUCCAUUGGGCUUGAAGCACUUUAGGCAGAACCAGAGACUACAUUUGGAUGAGCUUAUUCACGGUGCGUGCACAUGCACGUGCUUCUUGCCAUCCAUUUCACUUAAUAGAAAGGAUCCCUUUAAUUUCAUGGGUUAGAAAAGGAUCGGUGCAAGGAUCGAACGCCUCCCCUUCUCGCAGGGCUUGAAAGCAGUGGAGUUGCAGGAUGGGCAGGGGCAGUCACAGCUGAAAGUCCAAUGCCGCUUUGGAAAACACUGUGCCGGUUGCCUGAAAAGGAUGGGGAGCCAUGCGCACUUCAUCUCAAAAACUCCUUCCAGCCCCAUGAGAGGCCUGGGGGGAAGAGCUGAGUGUCUCCAUCGCUCCUUAAAAAGAUGCCGGCCGGGGGCCUGGGCUCUCCCUUGAAGCAACUCCUUUGGUUACUUCUUAAGAAGUCUUUGGGUGGCCAAGGAGUUCGGAUCCCGCGACACGAGGCAGGAGGUACGUCGUGAUCCCACCGAAGGGCAUUCUGUUUUUUCCUAGUCUGUAUAUUUUUGUAGUGACGUUUCUAUUUAAGAGCCCAAUAAACGCAGUAUUUUUAAAGCUAUGCGGUGCGGCGGCGUGUUUGAAGGAGAUGUCCCAGUUCACCCUAAAAGGUCGCGCGAGAGGCUACAGUCUCCAGGUGCCGUUCGCGAGGGCGGGCGAAAUCAUCUCGACGUCCCGUGUGGUGCGAAAUCCCACGAGCCUCCGAUUGGAGGGUAUUAUGAGCCAGUUAAUCAUUACAAGUAGGACUAACGAUUGAUAACCCUAAUGAACGUGCUGGGUAGAUAUCAAAGUACUUCACUCAGCAGCCGCUAUCGGCGUUUCCUCUUAUAGGCGGGGAAACCGAGGCACAGAGCGGCCCUGCAAGGGCUCCCCCUGCAAGCCAGGGCUAUACCUGGGAAUUGCGCUAGGUUUGAAACCGGCUGCUCUGCCCCUGGGCAAGUCUCGUCCUUUUUCUAGGCCUCAGUUUGUUCACCUGCAAAAUGGGUGCUGUGCUAGUUAUUGGCAGUAAGCCUAGGCCCUGUUGUUGUUAUUACCAGCGUGUCCCACAAGGCGUUAACGUCAGCAGCAGCUCAGACCCCUUCGCAAG